AUAAAAAACUUAAAACUCAAGUUCCAAUAUAGUAUUCAACCUUAUUUAAAGCAAAAUAAAGCUUAAUAUGGAAAUAAGUGUAACAUGCAGGUCUGUAAAAGGAAAUGAGCGUGACCCAAGCAAAAGAAAAUCGGGAAUAUCUGGAGAUAGUUUGGAGAUCCUGUCACUUGAGCUUGACAGGGUAUUGUGCGCUUCAAGCCUGGAAAAUUCAGCCUUUCACUGCGGAUUCCAUUAUAUUCUCAGAAUUUCGAUUCCUAGGAGCCUUGGUGCACCCAAAAAGAGAUGAUAUGGGGAGCAAGACGUCUCUGCAGAUUUAGCAAUAGUCGAGGAUUAUCGACCAAUUGCCAUGCCCAACACAAUACUCUCAAAUAUGUCCCUAACAACAUUACUCAAGAAAUCUUUCAAACCACAACUGAGUACUAUAGAGGCCUUCUCGAAGCUUGUAUUCGAUCGAAAUCACUCUCCCAGGGCAAGAAAAUCCAUCAACAUCUUCUCAAGAACAACACCCAUAUCACAGGUUUUGUUGUGCUCGAAAAACUUGCCCUUCUGUAUAUUGCAUGUGAUGAAGUCAAAGCUGCACGCCGCGUGUUCGAUAAAAUUCCUACUCCAACUGUUAUACUAUGGAACCUUAUGAUAAGAGCUUAUGCGUGGCAUGGACCGUUUGAAGAAGCUAUCUGUUUAUACUAUCGGAUGCUUGAAGUAGGUGUUAGACCAACCAAAUUCACAUUCCCGUUUGUUCUUAAAGCGUGUUCUGGUUUGCAAGCUAUAGAAGUUGGUAGAGAGGUACAUGAUCUUGCCAAAGGACUUGGGCUUGACUCUGACGUUUUUGUUUGUACCGCAUUGAUUGACGUGUAUGCAAAGUCUGGAGAUUUAGGUGAGGCACAAAAAGUGUUCUAUAGUAUGCCGCAUAGAGAUGUUGUAGCAUGGAAUGCAAUGAUUGCUGGGUUCUCACUUCAUGGACUUUAUGAUGACACAAUACGGUUGGUAGUUGAAAUGCAGAAAGCAGGAACAACUCCAAACUCUUCAACAAUAGUAGCUGUUCUUCCCACGGUUGGGCAAGCAAAUGCUUUGAGCCAAGGGAAAGCUAUGCAUGCCUACUCUGUAAGGAGAAGUUUUUGUAACGAUGUGGUGCUUGGAACUGGGCUUUUGGAUAUGUAUGGUAAAUGUCUCUGCAUAUCUUAUGCAAGAAGAGUAUUUGACAUGAUGGGUGUCAGGAAUGAGGUUUGUUGGAGUGCUAUGAUUGGAGCGUAUGAUGUAUGUGAUUAUAUGAUAGAGGCGUUGGCAUUAUAUGAUGAGAUGGUGCUCAAAACUACAAUAAAUACAACCCCAGUAACUCUUGCAGUCAUACUUCGAGCUUGCGCUAGGCUAAUUGAUUUCAGCAGAGGGAGACGUUUACAUUGUUAUGCAAUCAAAUCAAGGUUAGAGUUAGACACAAUUGUAGGUAAUACCUUACUUUCAAUGUAUGCAAAGUGUGGGGUUAUAGAUGAUGCACUUAGGUUCUUUGAUCAAAUGGUUUUCAAAGAUACAGUUUCUUAUAGUGCAAUAAUGUCCGGUUGCAUGCAGAAUGGUUAUGCAGAAGAGGUUUUGCUUGUUUUUCACCGGAUGCAAUUGUCUGCGGUCCAGCCAGAUGUGGCGACCAUGUUAUGCGUCCUGCCAGCUUGUUCACAUUUGGCUGCUCUCCAACACGGGGCCUGCGGCCAUAGUUACUCGCUGGUUCAUGGCUUUGUGACUGAGACCUCUGUUUGCAAUGCGCUUAUAGAUAUGUACUCAAAAUGUGGGAAGAUCAGUAUUGCUAGGCGAGUUUUUGAUAGGAUGGAUUCGCGGGAUAUUAUUUCAUGGAAUGCAAUGAUAGUUGGUUAUGGUAUCCAUGGGCUAGGUGCAGAAGCACUUGGAUUGUUCAAGAACUUUCUAGAAACGGGUUUAAAGCCAGACGAUGUGACUUUCAUUGGUCUCUUAUCUGCUUGCAGCCAUUCAGGACAUGUCACAGAAGGGAAACACUGGUUUAAUGCUAUGAGUUCAGAUUUCAACAUUAUACCAAGGAUUGACCAUUACGUAUGCAUGACUGAUCUUCUCUGUCGCGCUGGACUGUUGGAUGAGGCACACAAUUUCAUUCAAACAAUGCCAUUGAAGCCUAAUGUUCAUGUAUGGGGUACCCUGCUUGCUGGAUGUAGAAUCCACAAAAAUGUUGAACUUGGGGAAGAAGUAUCAAAGAAGAUCCAAGGCAUAGGACCUGAAGGUACUGGAAAUUUUGUCCUUUUAUCUAAUAUAUACAGUGCCGCUGGAAGAUGGGAUGACGCAGCAGAUGUAAGAAUCAUGCAGAGGGACAAAGGCUUUAAAAAAAGCCCAGGAUGUAGUUGGAUUGAGAUAAAUGGGGUUAUUCAUGCAUUUGUUGGUGGAGAUCGAUCUCACCCACAAUCAGCAUGGAUAAACAAGAAGUUAGGGGAAUUGCUAGUGGAAAUGAAAAGAUUGGGAUAUCGUGCUGAAUCUAGUUUCGUUCUCCAAGAUGUUGAAGAGGAGGAGAAGGAAAAGAUUCUCCUUUAUCACAGUGAGAAACUGGCCAUUGCUUUUGGAAUUAUUUGUCUGAGCCCCGGCAAACCCAUUCUAAUUACUAAGAAUUUGCGGGUUUGUGUAGACUGCCAUACUGCCAUAAAAUACAUGACUCUCAUAACAAAGAGAGAGAUAACUGUUAGAGAUGCAAGUCGAUUUCAUCAUUUUAGAGAUGGAGUGUGCAACUGUGAGGAUUACUGGUGAGGUAGAGGAUAUACAUGUUUUGAUAAGUAAAGGAAGAUGAUAUAAAUGUGGAAUCAUAAGUCUUAGUUUUAUCAAUAGCGAACCUAUUCAACAUUCCUCAGUUUCUACGGCUGGUGGUUCUGGGUCGAUGCCGUCACCUGCUGCUCCGGCAAGGUCUCUCUCUCUCUGAAAAAAAAAAAAAAAAGGAA